AUCUCCGUCUCCCUCUCUUCAAUCCUCUCAAACAUAUUCAUCGUCUGUGUCUAUUUGCUUCAUCUCAUAUCCAUUUCUUCUCCUUCUUUAUAUUUAUAUUUCUAUAUCAUAUAAUAUAUAUAGAUAUAGACGCACACGUGUAUACACGUCUCUUUGUUCCCUGGAAACAUAGAGCUUAGUGGAUAAGGGUCGGGUCUGGGCCGGUGGCAGACAGUGUUGGUGCGCUUUCCGUUUUUGACUCAGCUCAGCUCCAGUGGUUUACGAGGUAGGAGGGUUUUGUUCACCGGAAAAUUGAAAAAUUAAAAAAAAGCGUACAGAGAAGAAAGAGGAUCCAGAAUGAAAUACAUAUUGGUUACCGGAGGUGUGGUGAGCGGGCUCGGGAAAGGAGUCACUGCUAGCAGUAUUGGCCUCAUCCUUAAGGCCUGCGGACUUCGAGUUACUCACAUUAAAAUUGAUCCUUACUUGAAUACUGAUGCUGGAACUAUGUCUCCUUUUGAGCAUGGAGAAGUAUAUGUCCUGGAUGAUGGUGGUGAGGUUGACCUUGAUCUUGGGAACUAUGAACGUUUCCUAGAUAUUCAGCUAACACGUGACAACAACAUAACUACUGGAAAAAUUUACCAGGCUGUUAUUGAUAAGGAGAGAAGAGGAGAUUAUUUGGGAACCACUGUUCAGGUUGUCCCUCACAUAACAGAUGCCAUUCAAGAAUGGAUUGAACGCGUAGCGGUCAUUCCUGUUGAUGGAAAAGAUGGCCCAGCUGAUGUUUGUGUCAUAGAACUGGGUGGCACCAUAGGAGACAUUGAAUCAAUGCCAUUUAUUGAAGCUUUAGGACAAUUCUCAUAUCGUGUUGGUGCUGGAAACUUUUGCCUGAUACAUGUCAGCCUUGUGCCAGUUCUGAAUGUGGUUGGUGAACAGAAAACGAAACCAACUCAGCACAGUGUUAGGGGAUUGAGAAGCCUGGGAUUGACACCAAAUAUUUUAGCAUGCCGCAGUGCAACGGAACUUGAUGAUAAUGUCAAGGAUAAACUUUCCCGAUUUUGCCAUGUUCCGGCUGAGAACAUUAUUAACCUAUAUGAUGUUUCAAACAUCUGGCAUAUUCCUUUGCUUUUAAGAGACCAGAAGGCACAUAAGGCAAUGUUGCGUGCUCUGAACCUUAAUGGUGUUGCUCAGGAACCUGACUUGAAGGUCUGGACAUCUAGGGCUAAACUCUGCGAUAUGUUACAUGAGCCAGUUAGGGUUGCCAUGGUCGGAAAAUACACUGGCCUCUCAGAUUCUUAUCUCUCUGUUCUUAAGGCUCUUUUGCAUGCUUCUGUUGCUUGCCACAGGAAACUUUGUAUAGAUUGGGUUCCAGCUGGAGACCUUGAAGAGGCUACCGAAAAGGAGAGUCCUGAUAAUUAUAGGAAUGCCUGGAAAUUAUUGAAGGGUGCAGAUGCUGUACUUGUUCCUGGAGGAUUUGGUGACAGAGGUGUGGAGGGUAAAAUACUUGCUGCUAAGUAUGCUCGUGAAAACAAAAUUCCUUACCUUGGAAUAUGUCUAGGAAUGCAGAUCGCAGUAAUUGAGUUUGCUCGAUCUGUUCUUGGUUUCAAAGAUGCAAACAGCACCGAGUUUGAUCCUAACACAAACAAUCCCUUUGUUAUCUUUAUGCCAGAGGGAUCAAAAACUCAUAUGGGAGGGACUAUGCGUCUAGGGUCUAGGAGGACAUAUUUUCAGGUCACAGACUCUAAAUCUGCAAAAUUAUAUGGAAGUAAGAAAUUUGUCGAUGAAAGACAUCGCCACAGAUAUGAGGUAAACCCUGAACUGGUAGAACAGCUUGAAUCUGCUGGUCUAUGUUUUACAGGCAAAGAUGACACUGGUCACCGCAUGGAGAUUGUUGAACUGCUUGAACAUCCUUACUUUGUUGGUGUUCAAUUUCAUCCCGAGUUCAAAUCAAGACCUGGAAAACCUUCUGCUCUCUUCUUAGGACUCAUAGCUGCAGCAAGUGGACAACUGGAAGCCCAUCUAAAGAAGGGCGUGCCAAAUGGAGUUGUAAAAAAGCCAUUCCGGCCUCAUGUAAAUGGAACCAAGCUCACAAAUGGAUCCUUUGAGCCUGGCAUAUACUGCAAUGGUAAAGGAAUACGUGCCUGACCUCUUUGUGGCUGAAUGCCUUUGGUCUUGAGAUUGAGUUUCUUCCAUUUGUCAGUUUUGCGGCCAUCUUUUUCGUACCACCUAUUUUAUGUAUAGGCAUAUUAUGACUAGAGUGAUAUAGGUUUACAGCGUAUCAUUUAACCCAAUCAAAAGGUAGAGCAGAAUUCCGGUCAUUUUUUCACGGAACAAACCUGUUGUAGCUCUUCCAUAUGUAUGCAGCAGAAAAGAAGGGUGUUAUAUAUGCAGCAGAAAUGGGGGGUCGGUUUCACUCUUUCUAGUAUACAUUAGGUGCUUGAAGGAUGGAGAUGUUUGCAUAUGUUGAUUUAUAUAGCUUGAUCUGGAUAUGAUGUAAAAACUGUGAACUCAUUCCCAGUGGGGAUUAGUUAAAUGAUGUAAUCCUAUUUGAGUGCCAAUAAUGUAUUAAUGUCUGUAAUUUUAUUUUA